AUGCCGCCGCCCGCCAACAACCUCGCCGCCCUCACCGCAUCCCACCGCGCCAUCGCGGCAAAGAAGCGCGCCCGCAAGCACCAGCUCGAGCAGGUCGUCUUCGACGACGACGCACGGAGAGAAUUCCUCACCGGCUUUCACAAACGCAAGCUCCAGAAGAAGGAGGCGAGCAAGCAGAAGCGCGAGCAGCUCGAAAAGCAGGAGCGUCUCGAGCUCAGGAAAGAACACCGACGUCAGCUGGCAGAGCGCGCCAAAGCGAACGCGGUCGAGGUAGAGCGGGCUUACGGCGCCACUAUCGGGGACUCGGAGGAGGAGUGGGGCGGCCUGUCGUCCUCACAUCACGGAAAUGAGGCAGGGCAGGAAGAGGCGGAAUAUGAAGACGAAGAGCAGCUCGCGACGGUUACCGUGGUCGAAGACUUUGACCCAGACACACUCAUACAUGGCCCGCCACGGACAACUCGGCCCCGGUCCGACAACAGCGAGGAGGGCGCGGACGAAGAAGAUCAAGAUGACCGAAAGCCUCCGCGUCCGGCAGCGAAGUUCGCAGGCGCUGCCCCUUCCAGAUCCAACUCUAAACCCGCAGCGCCCAAGAAGGUUCGAUACCAGACCAAGGCGGCCCGGAAGACCGAACGCACCAAGCAACGAGCUCGUAAGCUCGAAAAGGCAGAUCGAGCUGGAAAGAAGCCCAAAGGCAAGCCACGGCGGCGAUAG